AUGCCUCGUGAAAAACGGCCAGUUGUCAGACCUCACACGGUCAGUAAUGCACCUCGCAAGCGGCUCGCAGUCAUGUCUGCUCAGCCGGUUUCUCAACCCCGUCCUGUUGAGCUGCCUUCUUUCGAUAAUGGGACAUUAUCCUCAGAAGCAUUGACCUGGGGCAACAAUCUCUGGGAAGACAUAGAGCCCGUGUUUUCGCGUCCAAAACGGGCCCCUUUAAUCGUGAUGGCACAGCCUGUCAAGUUCUGGCCAGAUGGAGAAGAGCCUCCCUUCACAGGCCAAAAAGUUUCCAAACGCACAUUUGUCACCGACGGCAAAGGCAAACCCAGCAAGGAGAUCACUGGCGAAUACCCUAAAAUCGAUCGCCUCAAAAACGCGCAGCGUUCGAAGCAAAUAUUUUACCCAAGAACUGGUGACAUUGCGUUGUAUCACGAUUAUUCCGACUACGAAGACAGCGAAUCUGACUUUGAAAACGAACACUUCCAAGUUAUGGACGAUCUACAUGUUAAUUCUGGUCCGGCUACUAUUCCAGCGUGUGGUUCAAGAACCACUUCAGCGAGUGACGACGACGACGAAGUGGAAGUUUAUGAUGGUGUUGUCAUGACGUCUGUCAAGCCAACUAGCCAAUGCUGGCCACCAGAGUUCAUCCUCCUAGACCAGUCUCAUUCCAAGAACGCAUUAGCUCACCGUGAAACAGCCCACCAGUGGAUUAAUCGAGGAAAGAAAUUCCCACUCACCAUACUGUCCACACCAUGUGCCCUCCAGCAGUUGUGCGCGGCAGUUUUAACUGUUCCUGCAAAGAUAUUAGCACUGUCAAUUCCUCCCGAAGAUAUCUCGGUUGAAGAUUUGACUAACUUCUCUGUCCCUGGCAUUUCGUGGUGGAAUUAUGAGGGCUCUAUAACCUUUCAGAAAGGACUGCCUACAAGCGAGAUUCCACCUGCCACGGAACUGCCUCCAAUGAUAGACGUUAAAGUGCUUCGUGAUAAAUUCGGACAAGCCCUUCUAGAUGGAAAGUGCUCGAUAUUCGAUCCUCGCUUCAAAGAUACAUUACUGCCAUUGUGGACGAUCGAGCUAUGGUGGCAGUUGCACCAAGUACACGCCAGAAAGAGGCAAUGGGAAGGCGCACACCGUUGGCUACGAGGUCUAGCCAAUACAAAUUUGGACGCGGAUAUUUUUCGCGAGGCAGAAAACCAAUUAUGCAAAUUUCCCGCAAACAGCUACCUCCGUGGCCCCGCUGCGCACUCUGGUAGACGCACUCAUUCUCUCAUGCACUUGUUAUCAGACUCCAUGUGGUUGUCAGAGCCUAUUAUCGACGUUAUGGUGGCCAAUCUAGUUUCUCGGUUAGAUCAAGAUCAAUGCGACUUCAUUAUUGCCUCUACCGACUUCAGUGAUGCCCUCCUUUCAGCCACAUCAAUUUCAUACCACGAGAAACCACAUAGCAAACUACUGGAAUUCGAGAAUACUGCAAAGAAGUAUAGAUAUCUUUGCGCUCCUGUGCAUCUUCGUCUGGCAUCACACUUUAUUGCAUUUGAAAUCGACUUUCAUUCCAGGACUUUCAGAUAUGGCGAUUCCCUUGAUCAGAAACACAAACUUAGUCCUAAAUAUAUCAUUACGAGGCUCCAAUGGUGGUUCGAAAAACGAUUCAACGGCAAGUUCACCGAUUUGGGACAUACACUUCCACAUGGUCAACAGAAGGAUUGCUGUUCGUGUGGGCUCUUCACAAUCAACACGAUUGAGCACCGUGUAUUUGGAUAUCCACUGGGUGUUCCCAGCCCCGCAUUUGAGAGAGUCAGAUGGUUCGCUUUGACGGCAAAAGAUCAAAUUCUAGAUUCAAAUGGACCUGGUUCUUCGGUGGUUCUACCUGCUACAAGGAUGGAUGUAUUGCCGUCACGUAAAAAUGACACAAAACAGGAGUUUGAGACUCGUCGCAUCAAGGAUAUGAAAACAUCCUAUCUCAAGAAUGAAGCAAAACGUCGAGCAUCACGGAAUGACACCUCGGGGGCAGCUGAGCAGGAAAGGUUGAAACACAAAGGGGACAAAUGCGGAGAAGCCCAGACGUUUGAGCAGGGAAUCGUCGGGAGGAUGGGGAAGGAGAUACUCGAGAAGGAAAAACUGGAGAGUGAGAACCUCGAGGGGGAGAAGGAGAAGCUCGAGAAGGAGAGACUUGAGAAGGAGAAGCUCGAGAAGGAGAAGCUCGAGACGGAGAAACUCGAGAGGGAGAGACUCGAGAAGGAGAGACUCGAGAAGGAGAGACUCGAGAGGGAGAAACUCGAGAGGGAGAGACUCGAGAAGGAGAGACUCGAGAGGGAGAGACUCAAACGCGAAAAGGCUUGGAGGGACAAGGAAGUGCACGACGUUGUUAUGGAUGAUGGCGACGGCAUGGAUAUACCCCCCAUUUCGCAAGUUUCUUUGUCUCAGUCCCUCGACAUGGAAGUAGAGCCUGGCGAAAUUCUGUCACCCCCCAAGGCCCCUUGUUUUUACAAAUUCAAAGACAAGGCCGUCGAUUACAGAGAUCAAUCUCCUGAUUGCACGCGAGUAUUUUAUCCUCGACAUAGAUUCUCGCAUUAUAGGGAUCCUGAUGUCCAUCGUCCGGCUUCUCAUCGCCCUUUGUCCUAUAAGGACUAUUCCUCGUCUCAGUGGCACGGUGCCAUCUCACCUCCUGGUGGUCGAUCACGUUCCCCAGUUCACUCUACUCAUCACAAUCAUUCACGCAGCCGCUCGCCCAUUAGAGCUCGGGCUCAAGUAAAAUACCAACGGUCUACAUAUAACCAGGGUCCUAUCCGUCAAAGAAGCCUUGGCUCACCUUCUCCUCGUCAUGGCUCCUCCUCAGAGUAUAACCCUCCAACGAACCAUCAUGCUCUCAUUUCUAUGGCAGGUCAUUCAACGCAAGUAUCAUCCGUUGUGCCGUCUAUACACAGCUCCCUGCCAUUCACCGCAAGCGUGAUAUCGGUUGCGGCUUUCGACAGGACACCACCCAUACCUGCCGACACAGCGACCGCUCGGUGGAUAAUCAAGAACACCAACUGCUUGAAGCAGUUCAACUUGCCAAAUUUUCUUUGCGCAUCAUUGGCCAGCCCUCAUCUGAAAAACCGCAUUCUCCACCUCAUCUGCAACCCCCCGUACCACCUUUUGAGCGUUAUCUCUCGCGGUAGGUUGACUAUCUCGAAGAGGACCGAAUUAAGACUGCGUCUUUGGAGAGCACAAUAUCCGGAUGUACCAUUAUGGUUCUCUGCUAUCUAUUGUCUCUCUCGAGGACUUGAUUGGCGAGUAUUUGUAAACCCUCACCUUCUCGUCGGCCCUCUUUAUGGUGUUCCAGCCCCUCGCCCCGCAUACCUUGACGUCAAACAUCCUCUCCUUAAUCGUAUGCAAAGUGAUGUGCUAAAUACAUAUGAGGACAGGGUCAAGUCAUUUUUGCACCUUCCAUUUGCCCGGCGUAUGCUUACAAAAGGUGGUCUGUUAUGGCGGCUCGCAGUGCAUUAUGGACCCGACGACCUGUUUUUGACGGCUUUGUCUGGCCCAUCUACCGACGCUUCCAUACACCGUAAUGUUGAUUGCAAUGGCACGGACAUCGACGAUAAAAUAACGGAAGAUCACAUCAAUAUUCUAAUAGGCCUCACCAGUGACAACCAUUCUCUAUGGCCUCCCCUGAAGUUCUUUGAGAUAUACCAGUUAUGGGAAGGAGAAUGGUCCCCGACUUGGGAGACUUGGUUCAUGGAACGUAUUGCCGCAAUUCGUGAUCGCAGCAAGCUCGCAUUUAUCCACCGUGCUCAAUGGUCCAAGAAACCUCGUCGUCACACUGCAGUUGCAUAUAACAAAGAGAGUACAGCUGGAACUGAGGCUCAUGCGCGGCGGUUAUGCGAACAGAUCGAUCAGCUGCAUCCUUUCAUGGGUUCCUUCACAACCUUAGGUUAG